AUGGCCAGUGUCCAGCUUCCAGAGCCGUUCGCCAGCAUCCCUAGAGAGUCAUUUCUCUUUGGACCUUCACCUAUCCAAUAUUUGCCCAAAAUCACAAAAGCCCUUGGUGGAAAGGUUGGGAUAUAUGCAAAGAGAGAAGACUGUAAUUCUGGCUUCGCAUAUGGUGGUAAUAAAACCAGAAAAUUAGAAUAUCUUGCGUCGGACGCAUUAGCCCAAGGAUGCGACACUCUGGUCAGCAUUGGCGGUGUCCAAUCCAACCACACACGCCAAGUGGCAGCCGUGGCUACCCAGCUAGGAAUGAAGGUAGCUCUCGUGCAAGAAAAAUGGGUCAACUGGGAAGAUCCUGCAUAUGACAAGGCCGGCAACAUCCAACUCUCUCGACUGAUGGGUGCGGACGUUCGGCUGGAUCCAUCCACGUUCGGUAUCGAGCACAAGGACACGCUUAAAAAUUUGAAACAAGAAAUUAUUGGCAAAGGGGGUAAGCCAUAUUAUAUACCAGCGGGAGCUUCAGAUCACCCGCUUGGAGGGCUUGGUUUCGCACGCUGGGCUUUCGAAGUAGAACAACAGGAGAAGGAGAUGGGCAUCUUCUUUGACACGGUCAUUGUAUGUGCCGUCACUGGAUCAACCAUGGCCGGAAUGGUGGCAGGCUUCAAGUUAGCACAAAAGAAGAACGGCUCAAAGCCUCGCAAAAUAAUUGGGAUUGACGCCUCAGCAACAGUGAAGCAGACCUUUGACCAGAUCUUGCGCAUUGCCGUUGCAACUGGAGUGAAGAUUGGGUUGACCGAGGACGAUAUUACCGAAGAUGAUAUCAUCCUUGAUGAUAGAUACCAUGCGGGCGUCUACGGUGUUCCGGAUCAACAGACAAUCAACGCCAUUAAGUUCGGUGCAUCAACAGAAGCUUUCAUUACCGAUCCUGUAUAUGAGGGCAAGAGUCUUGCGGGCAUGAUGGAUAUAGUACAAAGAGAAGAACUUCCCGCUGGUAGCAAUAUUCUAUACGCACAUCUUGGAGGACAACUUGCUUUGAACGUUUAUACGGGGAUGUAG